GAGGAGGAGGGAGGAGGUGAACGGAGGGGAGAAAGGCGCCCAGUGGAUGUGGGAGCAGGAGCAGCGGCAUAGGCGACGGCGGCGACGGCGGCACGACGACGAAGAGGAGGAAGAGGAGAACAACAACAGUGGAGGGGAGGGACGGGUAGGGGCAAGCCUGCAUCCCGGGGAAGACGGCCGCCGACCCGAGGACGGAGAGAGGGAGGAGGAGGAUAUGGACCAGGAGAGUGAUGAGUUUGAACAGUCGGACGACAGUGGGAGGGAGGAAGAUGAGGAGGUAGAGGAAGACGAGGAGGGAGAGGAAGGCCUCCACACCCCCUCCCUCAGGACCAGUGUGUCAGACCCUAAUGAUAACACAGACCACCUCUCAGGACGACAGAACCAAAUCUCAUCCUCAUCUCAUCAAACACAUCCUCAGACCCAAAGUCCAAACUGUCUGGAAGAGAAACAGCAGAGCUGGACUGAGGUCAGUCUGUGA